AUGAACUCCACCAACGGACAUUUCUUGGUCCUUAAUAUCGGAGUAGUAGGCGCAGGGAUCGCAGGUUUGGCUGCAGCUGCUGUGUUGAGUCGUCUAGGACAUAAUGUGGAACUGUAUGAACGCUCACAUUUUACGAACGAGGUCGGGGCUGCUAUACACAUAGGGCCCAAUUCGGCCCCAAUUCUACGUGCGCUGGGGUUUGACAUCGCUGGCGCAAAGCUACUUGAAGUGCAGCAGGGUGUGCAAUUCGACGGGGAGACAAUGAAAGAGACGUACCGUGCCAACUAUGAUGAUUAUCGUACAAGAUACGGGGCACCGUGGUACUUCUCGCAUCGUGUCGACCUACACAGAGAACUGAAGCGGCUUGCAUUGCAGAAAAAAGAACGAUCCCGCGGCGCAUCAUUGAAUCUUUCAGCAACUGUAACCUAUGCCGACUGCGAGAAUGGUAUUUUGACAUUUGCAGACGGGACCGCAAUUCGAAAAGAUGUCAUAAUUGGCGCAGAUGGAGUUCAUUCCGUCGUUGCGCAAUCUGUCCUAGGUGGCGCUAUGCCCAAAAUUGAGACCAGUCAUUGCGCGUACAGGUUCAUGGUCCCUACAGCCGAGCUUCUGAAAAAUAGCUCAAUCGCGCCAUACUUCCAAGAAAAGAAAACAACUUUUUCUAUAGCUGCUGGUUCUGAUCGAAGAAUCGUGUGGUAUCCUUGCAGAAAUGGAGAACUAAUGAAUUUUGUUUGUAUCCACCCAGCCAAGGAUGGGAGGUUGGAAACAGAAGAGUGGAAUGUUUCGGGAAAUACAGAAGACCUAAUUGCUACAUACUCCUCCUUCCAUCCCGCUCUUCUGGACAUAUGUAGCCUCGUUAAAGAACCUAAGCUUUGGAAAUUAGUUUAUCGACCACCUAUUGAAACCUGGGCGAAAGGCAAAACUAUCCUCAUUGGUGAUGCAGCACAUCCGAUGCUUCCUCAUCAAGGCCAGGGAGCAAAUCAAGGCAUUGAGGACGCUGGCGCAUUAGGCGUGUUCCUCUCGCGGAUCUCAAGUCUCAGCGACAUACCUGCUCGUCUCCAGCAGGUGCAAGAUGCGAGACGCAACCGAGCUGCUGCAAUGCAGAUCUUUUCGAAUGCUGGGCAAGAUAAUUCAGAACAAAUUGAGGCUGAGGCAAGGACAUAUGUGAAGGGUGAUAUUCCGAAAAACCAGGAACAGUUCCAUGAUUGGAAUUUCGGAUACAACGUUGUUGAUGAUUGUGAAAGAAUAUCUUUAAGCACUAAGAUUUAG